CUGCAUUCGCACACGAGAGCCCAGAGGCGUGCACACGUCGUGAGAAUAUCUCAAUCUUGAACGCGAUUUCCCUCGACACAUAUCAAACAGUAUUACGUCGUAUCCUACUGCGUAUUCAUAUUCCAGUUCCCUUUGUUUUCGUCUAGUCUGUUCGAAUAUCGAAUACUAGUUUACAGUGCGUCGACGAUGUCUUCGGUGAUGUUAGAAUCGUUCAACGACAAAGUAGCAAUGUUCGACCAAUAUGCGAACAAGCACAAGGAUAAGCAGAGCAAAAAUCCAUUCACGUCCGGCUUAAACAUUGAAAAACGGAAAUUCUCGAAGGAGGAAUAUGGCAGGCCGCAAGCUGGCUCUUUGACAGACAUUCGUGGUCGUAAAGCAACGGCACACAUCCUCAAAGAGGUGCUCGAACUUUGCGAGAUCAUUCAUCAAGAGGGAACGCCGUGUCGGGACCAACCAGAAAUUAUUGCCAUCACGUUUGGCGAUCUAUUCAACAUUUACACUCACAUAAGCGAUAAAUGCGUAGGGCUGCUGCUGAGAGCCAGGAAACAAAAGUUCGUGGACUUCGAGGGAGAGGUUCUGUUUCAGAGACGGGAUGAUGACGUACCAAUCUACCUGGUGAAGCCCAUCAAUGAAAUUCGGCAAUUAUUUAAUGAACGACUGAAAGAAAUUGCAAAAGAGACGUCGAUAAGUUAACAAUUACUUUCAUCUUUCAUCCUGUUCUUCGACGAAUAAUUCCAGACAAAAUUGAAGAGUCCUUGGUUGAACAAUGUUAUCCUGUAUUUAUUUUCGAUAUAGACGUUAGAAGCAACGCGAACGACCAUUGUAUAGUUUGUAAUUUUUACUUGAGGUGUAUGUACGUGAAAUGAAUGAGUGGCUUGGAAAUUCAAGAAUGAGCCGAUGUAGAUCGAUAAAAUAUAAACACUGUGCAAUGUACAAUGUGAUAUUUCCAUAGAGUUAUUAGAAAUAAAGAUUCUUUUCUAGCA